UCCUCCCGGUGCCCGUGAACGCAUCACGCCGAGUCCUGGGUAUUUAACAUUCUACCCUGGACAGCGGCAGGUUGUUGCGCAAGCGCAGCCCAUUCAGUCUGCAUGAAUACGGAGCGAGGAGAGGACAGGAGCACUGGGAGUACUGGGACUGGGAGGACACCAGAGGAUCUGGACGGACCGGACCGGACCCGGGCAGGCGGACAUGGAUGGACAGAACGGCAGCAGCAGCAUCUGCUCUCGGCCGCACGGCGCCGUGACGGACGACAAGAAGAAGAGGAAGAAGAAGGAGAAGAAGGAGGAGAAGGAGAAAAUCCCCGACAGAGUGACUCUGAAGAAGGAGAUCGGGCUGCUGAGCGCGUGCACCAUCAUCAUAGGGAACAUCAUCGGCUCCGGGAUCUUCAUCUCUCCGAAGGGGGUCCUGGAGCACUCGGGCUCGGUGGGUUUGGCGUUGGUGGUUUGGUUACUGGGAGGAUGCAUCGCCGCCUUGGGCUCCUUAUGCUACGCUGAACUGGGCGUCACCAUCCCCAAGUCUGGGGGGGACUACUCCUACGUCACGGAGAUAUUCGGUGGACUGAUGGGGUUUCUCCUGCUGUGGAGCGCCGUCCUCAUCAUGUAUCCGACCACGCUGGCCGUCAUCGCCCUCACCUUCUCCAGCUACGUCCUGCAGCCCGUCUUCCCGAACUGUGUCCCUCCAUACAUGGCAACACGGAUGAUGUCUGCCACCUGUCUCCUGCUGCUGACCUGGGUGAACUGCUCCAGCGUCCGUAUGGCCACCAGGAUCCAGGACGCCUUCACUGUGGGGAAGCUGAUGGCUCUGGGUCUCAUCAUUGUGGUCGGCCUGGUGCAGAUCUGCAACGGGAACUACGAGGCUCUGACCCCACAGGUGGCCUUUUCCCUGGACAGGACGCCGUCGGUCGGGCAGAUCGCUCUGGCCUUCCUCCAGGCGUCCUUCGCCUUCAGCGGCUGGAACUUCCUCAACUACGUCACGGAGGAAGUGGUCGAACCCAGACGGAAUCUACCUCGUGCCAUCUACAUUUCCAUUCCAUUGGUGACCUUUGUGUACACGCUCACCAACAUCGCCUACUUCUCCUCCAUGUCGCCCGAGGAGCUGCUGUCGUCCAAUGCCGUGGCUGUAACGUUCGGGGAGAAGCUCCUGGGGAUGUUCUCCGUCAUCAUGCCCAUCUCCGUGGCUCUGUCCACCUUCGGAGGGAUCAACGGUUACCUGUUCACCUCCUCCAGGUUGUGUUUCUCGGGGGCCAGAGAGGGUCACCUGCCCAGCCUGCUGGCCAUGAUCCACUAUAAGAACUGCACACCCAUCCCUGCUCUCCUGGUCUGCUGCACCGCCACCAUCGUUAUACUCUGCAUCGGAGAAACACACAACCUGAUCAACUACGUCUCCUUCAUCAACUACCUGUCUUACGGCGUCACCAUCGCGGGUCUGCUGUACUACCGCUGGAAGAAACCCAACCUGUACCGACCCAUCAAGGUGAACCUGCUGGUCCCUGUGUGUUACCUGAUGUUCUGGGCGCUGCUGCUGGGUUUCAGUCUGUACUCGGAGCCCGUGGUCUGCGGCGUCGGUCUGGUCAUCAUGCUUACCGGCGUUCCCGUCUACUUCUUGGGUGUCCAUUGGAAAGAAAAACCAAAGUGUAUCUACAACUUCAUUGAGCGGGCGACGUACGUGGGCCAGAGGUUGUGUUUCGUGGUCUUUCCUCAGAUCGACCCCAUCGAGGUCGCCACGCCCUCAGAAUGGACUGACCGGUCAUCAGGCAGGAGCAGUUUGUCUGCCAACUCUUAAAACUCUUUUCUGAAGAUAUGAAGAUCUUUUUGUUUUUAUUCCGUCACUGUGUUGAGCCCAGACACCUGUUUCCUGGUGCGGGAGCUACCUGUCUGACCUUUGACCCUUCUGAGACUCUGGUUCUUUCCCUACAGUGGAGUGGAAACUCCUGCUCCUCUGCGCGGGGCUGCCUGCACUUUUUAUUUUUCUCCCUCUUUUCUACUAAGUCGUCAGAUACAACAACCUAAUGCCAGCGGUGUCACACUGUGAAGAUGACUUUUAUAUUUUAUUUGUUUCUUCUUCUGUAACGCGACAGAACUCUGACUGACUGCUGUUAUUUCCUCUGAGUGUUGCUGGUGUUUCAUCGUGCCUUCAGGCCUUUUCACACCGAGUCCCAAACCAGUCCACAGUCAGGAUCCUGACCACAAAGAGAAAACAUGUCUGGUGCAAGUUCUUCCACUAAAUAGUUGCAAACACUAAGUCGUAAAAAAGUGAGCGGACAGUCGAACAUUCGCUGCUCUAACAGCCUCCACUUCUCUGGUUUCACUUUUUCCUUCACUGGAACUAAGCACAUUUUCUCAGGUAGCUCUUUUUCCUAAUAAACUGUAUAUAAUGCUGAUGUUUCACCAACUUCUUCUUAAAAACAAAAAAAGUUCAGAUAAGAGGUAAAUAACGAACACUCACUGUCCUUAUCCUCCUUCCUAGAGGAAGAAAAACAGUUUUCAAGGUUUCUGCAGCGUUCACAAUUAUAUUUAAGACGUUUUCAACGCCACAUAAAAAGACUUUUAAUACUUUAACAUUAUUUAUUAAUGAUGUUUUAUUGACACCUACUAUCUCUCAGCUUCCCAGCUGUAUGUAACAUUAAUUCUUAGUAAAUUAAUUAAUGAACUAACCUGAGAUGAACCAAUAUAAGUGGCACAAAAUUAAUGUAUAGAUAAACCAAUUACAGAUAAUUGAUUCAUUUCAUUUUUGCGUUAAAAAUUGAACAGUUCAGUCCACUGUCACCACAGUUCCACCUUUAAUUUCUAAGUGUUUAGCGUCGUCCAGCAGCCUGAAAACACUCACAAAAACUUAUGAUGUACAAGAAUCUCACUGUCUGAAGGCCGGCAAGAAAAAUUCAAGACCUUUGCAAAUAAAAUAUUAAAGCUCCUCCAGUAUAAAGGUCUGUGUCCAUGUGUAGUGUGAUUAUAGAUCAGCUCUAGCUUCUAUAUUAAUACUGUGAAAGUAUCAAAGCCUCAGUCCACAGAGAAAUGCACACAGCCUGUAUUCAGAAACUGAGCCUUAAAACCAGCCGUCAGGACUUCUGGAACUUUGUGAUGUCACAACAAAGCAGUCACCAAGCCCCGCCCACCUGGACCCACCAUCCAAACCUUGCAGGAUUUGGUUUCUCUGAGUGUUUUUACCUGAAAUCUACCUGAAAGGCUCAGAGCCUUUUAAUGAACAUGUAUUACUUUUGUGCAGGACGUUGGGACUUGGUGUGAAAAGGCCGUUACUGGAGAAAAUGUAUAUUAAAAUAUUGUUUAUUAACUGAUUCACUAUAUUAGAUUUUAAUAUAUGUUUGCCUUUUGCUUAGUUUUUUUUUUCUUUUUUUGCAUUUGAUUAUUCGAGAAGCACUUUGGUCUUCUGUCGUCUCUUCACUUUACGAACUGUGCUCCUCUCUCACCUGUACACAAGCCACACCCCCUGAGAGCGAGGACCAGCUGACGCUCGUUAAUCUGUUGUUAACACAGUAGUCGUGUUCACGUCACCCGCCGCUGCUUCUCUCACCUCGGACCACAUCACUCUGGUUUGCUGUAAUUAGCUGAUUUACUGACACUGUGAUUGUAAUCAGACGUAGAAAGACUUUGUUUUUUGUCUAAUUCUAAUGUGUAUGAAGUCAUGAUGGUGCAACAAGAGACAGAACCGGUUCUUUUUACAAACAAUGUCCAUGUCGUGACACUUGAAUGAAUAAUUCUGACUCUGUAACGUCUGAUUUUAUGAGGCACAUAAUACUUUGUAGGUGUCACCACUGACGUGUUUUACUGCCAGUUUUUUUUGUACUAUUAGUACAAACACCUUUGAUUGGACAUAUGUGUAAAAACAACCAGUUAAGCACUUAAUAUCCUAAAUUUGACAAAUCUGCAUCUCUGCUGUAAAUAUUUCAGAUAUAAACUUCAACAGUUGUUACGAGCGGUUUUGAACGAAAACUUUCCUCACAGUGUUCUGUUUUUACAGUUUGUAUUUUAUAGAAAAUGACACGACACAUGCACCAUCACACGUCCGUCCCACUCCGACUCACUGCCAGUGUUUUGGUUUAAUGAUCUCUCUCUCUCUCGUUACCUUGGUGCAUCGGCGGCUCUCUGUGAAAUCAAGUGUUUUUACUGACUUACUGUUGUCACUGUUUGUUUCUGUAUCACAUGCUUCGUCUUUAUUUCACCUGCCUCUGCUCGGAUGUAGAGACUCUGUAUUUUAAUAUUGUGAUUCACAGUACAGUUGAUGCCCCCCCCCCCCCCCCCCUUGGGAUGUGAGGCGACACGUCUUCAAGAAUCCUUUGCUCCAGCACUUCUAGAUACAGUAAUCACAAAGUAUUGAUCACUGUAUCGGUUUUCUUCAGUGUGUAAUUGUUUUCUACAGCGCGUCUGCUUUCUCACAUAUCGUAGAUCUUUGCUGUGACAAAAGUCUUGGCACCACUUUCUGUUCAGGUAGCAUUUAUAAAGUGUUUAUAAGCUGUAGUUAAUAGCUCUAUUACUGUUGAAUAAAUCAUUUAGAAUGA